CUACGGCAACCCCGGACGCUUGACUACCACCAUCCACCUUGGCAAGUGUUUAAAGAAUUGAAUUUUAAAACGAUUAUUGUCACCUGUGAGCACUAUGACAGCUAUUCUCUGUAAUUGGCUAAAUAAUGAGCUAAAACUUUCAAAAACAAUCGAUAUCAUCAAUUUUUCAUCUGUUUUUUCCAAUGGUUACCUCAUUGGCGAAACAUUGUCUAAAUAUAAACUGCAGGAUGAUCUGGAUCAAUUUUCUCUACAAAAUACGAUUGAAGGACGCCUCAACAAUUUCACUCGACUUGAGCCAUCUCUUCACAAACUUGGUUUGCAGUUUGAUACAAAUACAGCUCGUGAUAUCAUGACCGAAAAGCAUGGUGCUGCUACAAAUCUCAUGUAUGAAUUAUUUGUUGUUUUGAAUGGUAAGAAAUCGAAAAGCAAACCUGUCGUACAAGAAAGCAAUCAGAUGUCAGUUACACAAUCAAGACUUUCUCACAUUGAAAACAGGAUUUAUAAUGAGCACAUGAAUCUGCUAAUUCCAAGAAAUCUGACUCAGUCUCCUAGUAAUACCACUAAAUAUUUUCGUGAGAAACAAAUCGAAAAAGAGAAAAUAGCUUUCAAAGAAAGGUUUCUUGCUGAAGAACACAUCAAAAUGGAGACCAAGAAACAACAGGAAAUACUACAUGAACAAUCUCGGCAACUACGACUUCAGCAAAGUGAAGCUCUUGCUAAACUGAAAGCUAGUGACAAUGACAUUUAUAAGAGACUUACCUAUCCUCCAGCACAGCCUCUCUCAAACAUUCAUUUGAAGCGAAAGCAACUUGAAAUUCAGGAAGCUAUGAAUGAUAUUAACCAGUUUGAUAAGAAAUUAGAAAGUGCUGCUGUAAGUCUAGACAUCGACACGAAAGACAUCAUUAAAUAUUCUGGUGAUACUUAUAUUGCUGACAUUACCAAACGUCUUACAGAAGAUAGAUUAUCACGAGAAGACCUUGAGAAAAGAAGACGUAAAGUAUUGGUUAGCCAACAGCAAGCACAAGAUUCAAUUUGGCUUGCAUAUCGAGAUAAAGUGCUUGUAAACAGAAUCUUGAGGCAGUCACAGCAAGAAAAGAAGAUUGUUGUGCAGCUUCUCCAAACACGUCAGCAAAAGAACAUUAUUAUGAAAAAUCGAAUGUUUCAGGAGAAACAAUAUCAAGAACGCCGUGAGAAAGAUUUCCUUGAUGCUUUGAACAAAGAAGCCGAACUCCUGCGUCUUGCUAAAGAAGAAUAUGCUGAUCAAGUUUUGAAAGACAUUCGCUUCCACGAGAAAGUCAAAGCUGAAUACAAAGCAGAAAAAUAUCGAAUUCAUUAUGAACUCUGUUUUGAAAUUUUAUUACAAAUUCUUGAUAUUGUCUGCAAAAUUUGUGAUUAUAGAGCAAUAUCGAGCAGUCUGUUGCCCCAGAAACUAAUGAGGGAAUGGAGGACUCUCUUUAUUAAAGGAAAACCGUUGUAUGCGAAAUCUGAAAUCAAAGAUGUUACAGAGUCAGAAGAAGAAAAUCUAAGAAUAGAAGAGGCUAAACAAGUCUUGUUGGAUGAGGAAGAUUUCAAGGAUUAUAAGAAUAUGGACCAUGACUGGCUGCUCGAACCUGAUAAACCAAAACCUCGGCACAAUCCGGUUGUGGGACACAUCGUUAAUCGUCUAUUGACUUUGUUGUACCCACCUCCACCACCUCCAGAAAUACCAGUUUUCCCAGAAUUUUCUAUUCGAGUAUGUCUGUUGGGAAAAGCAUACAGUGGGAAAACUUUCUGUGCAGAGAAACUGGCUGAAGAAUAUAACCUUAAGAUUUUAAACAUUGAUGAACUUGUAAAAAAUGCCAUCCAAACUUUUCAUGACAAUGAAGAAGCUGCAUCAAAAGCUAAUAAACCAUUCCGUUUUUUGAUUAAAAGUGCAAGUUGCAUUGACAAGUUGGAUGUUAAAAGUAAUAUGGGGUCAAUUAAUCGAAGCAAGACAAUUAUGCCCUCAGAAAUUGCAUUUUCUCCACCAUCUGAAAUUCCAGCUCAGUUUAGAGACACCACCUCAAGUGCUAAGAUAGAAAGAUUGGCAAGUACGUUAAAACUCGAUGAUGUUGCAAUACUAAAGAACAUAUAUGUGAAUACACAAGCUAGCCUUGGUGCCAAAGUGAUCAUGCAUUUUGAAAAGGGACAACCAAUACCUGAAAGUGUUUUAAUAGAGAUUAUUACAGAGGCCAUCAGGUGUGUAAAGGAAGAAACUGGUUGGAUUUUAGAUGGAUUUCCUGUGACUUAUUGCCAAACAAAGACUUUAGAGAAAGCAUUAACAGGAAUUAGUGAUGAUGAUGAUGAUGAUGAGGAACAAAGAACUAAAGAUUUUGAGAAAAUGCAAAAUGUCUCUCAGCUGCUUCCCAAUCCCCAUUUAGAUGUUCCACCUGCAAAGAAAGUGAGUGGCAUUGAUGUGGUGAUUCUGCAGGACAUUUCUGAUGACCUCUGUCUUCAGAGAGCAGCCGGUCAAUACAUAUCUGAAAAAACCAAAGAACACUUCCAUAUGCUUCACAACCCACCAACUUUUGGCCAAGCUACAGGAAUUGCAGAGAGAGAAAAAGUGAUACCUCUGAUGAGUAAAUCCUUUAAUGAAGAAAAUGCUCAAAACAGAUUGAUGAUCUUUUCAAACUAUUGGCCCAAAAUGGAGAAAUGGUUCUCUUCACUUGGUAACUUACAUAUAGUUGAUGCAUCUCAAGACAGAGAUAUUGUCUACGAGGACAUUAAAUGGAUAAUUGAUGAAUUCCUGCAACGAAAAAAAGAAGAAAUGUCUUCAGCUAUGGUUGCUGAUGAGAAUAAUGUUGAAGAACAGCCCCAAAUUCCUGCUGAAACUGAAAAUGUUGCAAAUGAGACUCAAAACAUGGAAGAAAAUAGUAAAAAGCAUUCAGCAGAGAAUUUGACUAAAACUGAGGAAGAACCUGAAGAGAAAGCACCGGAACCAUUCGAACCCGAUUCUCCAGACUGGGAGUUCAUGGAUUUUGAGAUUAACAUGAGAAUGGUAAAACUGUUAAGUUCUUAUUGGAAACUAAUAGAGAAGUCCUAUCUGCAGAACUGUAAGAAAAUGUUUCGAGCAAUAAGGAAAGAACGAGAAUGCAUAAAGCCUUAUUAUUACAGCAUCAGGAAAAUAUUUGAAGAAUAUCUGAUACGUCCUGACAACAAACAAGAUUUUGUUAGUCAAUGGCAGAAGGAAUAUAAUGAAGUCCCUGAUGACACGAGAUUUGACUUGGAAACCCAAACUGAGCUUCAUCAAACGGUUAUUGAUCUCCAGGAUAAACUGUGGAGUAUUUGUGAUGAACAAAAACAACAAGCGGAAAAUGAAUGUCAUUCGCUUAUCUCGAAUGGCUGGUAUGAGGAUCAGCUGUCCAAAGUGUGUAACAGUUAUUUGACGAUAAUGCAGACAGAACUUGACCGUUUCCAGGAUACAAUCACUUUACUCAAGGACUAUUACAAUAUUCCUGAUAAACUAGUUCCUCCGAUAGCAGAACUGAAUUUUUCAAGACUUCCCCUUCUUGAGUCAGGGAUUCCUGAAUCAUUCUUGGAGAACGAUGGUCUUGGUUCCCAUGAUUUGAAGGCAUUAAAAGACAGGGCAAGUUCUCGAACUUCAUCAAAGCAACCAAAGAAAGGAAAAGAGAAAGAAAAGGAAGAGGAGAAACCUGAGAACAACGAGCUUAUUACUAUUUCUAUUCGACUUAAGAUUCCUUUGAUAAAUCCAUCAACGUUGCGAUACUGUUCUCCUGAGGUUAAAAAAGCAAACAAAGACGGAGCGGAAGAUGGCACAGAAGCUGCAGAAAGAAAUAUUCUGGAGACUUAUCAAUAUUCCUAUCAACAAGCACUUACCGAAAUAUCUAGCAUUGUUUCUUCAGAACAAGCCAUCCAUGAAGCAGAAGAGGAAGAAGAGAGGAGAAAGAUGCAGGAGAAAGAAAAAGAACGAUUGCAUGCUGAGAAACUUCAAAAGAUCAAAGAGAAAAGAAAUAAGAAAACUGGGAUUGUUCGAGGGAAAAAGGAAUCAGAAGAUAUGACUCCACCUCCAAGUUUUGAAUUGACUGAAGAAGAAGAAGUACAAAAACUUCGGAAAGAAAAAUUAAGAAAAGAAUAUUAUUUUGCUGUUGAGGAAGAAGAAGCAGCUGUAAGGCGUCGGCUGGGAUUACUUAAACUUCACAGCAUGAGCCAUGUUUUUAAAGAACUCAAGAGAUCUGCUGAAGAUACUUAUAAACCUAUACAAGACUGGAUAGGGUCUCGAUUUCUGACACAAAUAAAAAGUAUCGACGUAAUGGCAUCAUUGAUGAAAAAUGCAAUUGAAAAUGGUGAUAAACUCCAGAAAGAAAUUAUACUCGAUAAUGGAGACUUUUAUAUUGAUGAAGAAUAUCUGACACUGAAGCACACCACUCCAGAGCCAAUCCCAGAGUUUACAGAAUACCAUAACAAUCAAAUGACAUGUGUUCAGUUAUCAGCAUUCUUAACACAGUUCCAGCUUGUGGCUCCGUUGGGUUUCAUAAGCACGAAAUCCUUCCAAGAAACGUUAGAAGACUUGGUCUCAACUUCUCAUGGGAUCUCAGCCCUGCCUGAACUGUGGAUGCAGCCAAACUUUGCUCGAGUUCAACAGAAUAUUCAGAUUUUGGCAAAAAAGAUUUCUUCAAACACAGAUUUUAUUGAUUGGCGCCGUUUUAUAUUGUGGGCUUCGUAUCCAUUCCCGUUGCUUUCCAUUAAAAAUUUAGUGGAUCUUUAUGUCUCAUAUUACCAACUAGACAUAAACAAAACUGGUUUCAUUGACUAUGAAAUGUUCAACUCUGUUCCUCUCUGGCCUGAGGAAGACAUCAAGAAACAUAAUGAAAGCUACAAUUUUGACAGAUCAUCGAAACUGAAAGAAAUCUUCUUUGACCUUUUCACAGAAUUUAAUACACAACCUCCCUUACUAAAUUAUGAGAAAAUGCUGCUCUAUUUCUGCUCCAAACCGUCCAUGUUUGAGGGCUUCACUCGUGCACUCAGUCUCUCUUGUAUUGCAGACUCAAUCAGAGACAAAGGCCUCUCGGCCAUCUCCGUUUCACAAUUCCCAAUUGAAGUAGCUGAUAUUCCAAAGGAGGUGACAGAAACCCCUAAAGAAGAAGUAACUGAAACAGAGACUUCUCAGGCUGAAGCAUCCGAAGUAGCCGAAGUGCCUGAAGUGGAUAAAAUGGAAUCUGAGAUUGGAGCAGAUACAGAAAAGAAACCUGAAGCCAGCCUCGCAGACAAUGAAGCUCCCAGAAAAUAUACUUUGAAUCAAUUGAUACCAAUUGGUGUCAUAUUAAAGGUCCUCAAUCAUGGUGAACCACCUGGCAAUAGUUUCAUUGAGAAAAGUGAUUCUUUUGAAGCAGUUUCCAUGAAUGAAAUAAUAGGUGUUUAUCAAGAUCUUGGAUCUGUGAAUGCUGAACCAAUUCCAUUUGAAACUCUAAUUGCGCAUCCUUUCAUACAAGAUAUCAUUGCAAAAGGCAACCAAUUCUUGAUGCUGGACAUCAGAAAUAUUUUGUACAACUCUCCUGAAACUUCCGACUUCAAUGCAAGCUGCAAAUUGAAAUAACUUUUCCAAAACAGAUUUCAGUUUUUUUUUGUAAAUUUUGGAUUUUGCCUUCUGUCUUUUGUUAUUUUGGUUUUUGUUUCUUUGUUGAAUGGAAUAGAAUUGUUGAAUAAAUUUUGAACUGAUUUUGUGUUGGAACCUUCUGGAA